GAAAACUGAAGACUUCAAUAGCAAAUCCUCCAGAGUCAAAAUGAAUACAGAUAGUGGUGGGUGUGCUCACAAACGUGCUGCCAUGUCUGUCAAAUUAACAGCCGUGAAGAGAGUUCAGAGUUCUCCAAACCUUUUGACAGCAGGACUUGAUUCUCAAUCACCAGAUUCAGGUUGGAGAUCAUUUAACAAUGGAAGUAGAGACACACUGAAUGGAGACACUAGCAGUUCCUCUCUUGCAGCAAAAGGCUUUCGAAGUGUUCGACCAAAUCUACAAGAAAAGAAGUCAUCAGCUCAGCUUGGAAACCAGAAAGUAACUGCAAAUGUGAUGGAGGUAAAUGCUUCACAGACACACAGACAAACUUCAGCUGAAGCUUCACCACUGCCUCCUUCACCUCCUCCUUCCAUGGUAUCGAUUAACAGACCCUGUCUCACACCCAACAGUGGCACCCACCAUGUAACAUCAUUUAUUUUGCCAACACGUGAUGAUUUUUGGCCUUCACGCUUUUAUAGAACCCUGGCCCUUUCACGUUUUUCAUAUACAUACCCUCUCCUAGUUCUUGACAGUACUAUCCACAGGACUGAAACAGCCUCUGUUAUGACAGACUCUGCCAUGAGUGAGUACUCCUCUUGCCUGGUGAAUGAGUCCUCCACUACUAUUCUAGAUGAGCUUCAGAGCUGUAACUAUGAUACUACUGACUGUUCUGAAAUACCUUCCCCAACCUUGAGCCAGAUGUCUGCCGUGUCAGAUGGCACCACCUUCACCACCACUGCUGCCAGCUCUCAUGCUCAGAUAACAGUGAAUGGGAACUCUAGUUUAGCAACCAGUCCAAUGAGCCACUUUCAAAGGCCUUUCUCUCCUACAGCAUAUUCCCCGCCGGUCUCGUUCAGUUCAAGCACUGGUCUUCUGCAACAGAGUAGGGCAAUGGAAUCCACAGAGACAUACUCACAGCAUGCUCAUUCUGUCGGCGGCAGCAGUACCACCAGUACAAUACCAAUCUGUAGAACUUCAGAAGAAGAGAAGAAAGUCACAGUCAUUAAAGCACCACAUUAUGCAGGGAUUGGCCCAGUGGAUGAAUCAGGAAUUCCAACUGCAAUUAGAACGACAGUUGACAGGCCGAAGGAUUGGUAUAAGACGAUGUUCAAGCAAAUACACAUGGUUCACAAGCCUGAUGAUGACACAGACAUGUAUAAUACCGCCUAUGCAUAUAAUACUGGUAACUUCAGCCCAUCCUUUUCUGCUCAAGCAUACCCUGCAGCCCGGACACAGACAUACAGGCCCCUGACAAAAAGUACUUCUGACAAUGGCACUGAUGCCUUCAAGGCCUCAUCCCCUGCACCUCCACCACCUCCAGUACCACCAGUUCGUCCAUGGCAAAGAUCUGCACCAGAAAAAAAUGAGUGGGACCCUCCUGAUAGAAAAGUAGACACACGCAAAUUCAGAUCAGAACCAAGGAGUAUUUUUGAAUAUGAGCCAGGAAAGUCCUCUAUCCUUGAACAUGAGCGACCGACAGGUCGCAUAAACCCAGAUGACAUAGAUUUAGAAAAUGAACCCUGGUAUAAAUUCUUUUCAGAGCUGGAGUUUGGACGCCCGCCACCUAAAAAGCUUUUGGAUUAUGUUCAAGACAAUCCUCCAGGUCUUUCUAAUGAGACCUCCUUAUAUUACAGUCCAACAGACAGAGGUUUGGACAGACCUUCUAGCUCUGCAAGUACUGCAAGUGACUACAGGAAAAGAAGGAAGUCUGAGCCUGCAGUAACUCAUCAGAAGGUGCACAGUGAUCAAAAUGCAAACCGGACUAGCCUGGGCCGUACAGAUACGCAGAGCACAUACUCUACACUUACGAAGCCUGUUACAAGUUCUUCUCCAUCAUCUCCAUCAAGAGCAAAAGGUGGGGAUAUUAGCAAAGUAUGUUCAUCCCUUUCCAGUUAUUCAGUGCCCAACUACAGCACCUCAAACAAUUUAGAUUACUGUAGAACCUCUGGACAGCGCUUGGCUGUGCCAAGUGACUCAAGAAGGGCAAUCAGCUACAAGAAUGGCUGGCAAAUGUCCCGUCAAAAUGCAGAAGUCUGGAGCAGCACAGAAGAGACUUCCUCUCCCAAGCGGAAAUCUCGUAGUUGUGAUGACCUGCUAGCAGAUGAUCGUUGUAGCUUUCCAGACUCACAGAAUAAAUCUGAAAGCAUGGUAUCUUUAUUAUGUGAGGAAGAUUCCAAAGGUGUUUCCUCAUCUACAUGGGCGUCCCCAUAUGCUUCUGAAAGCUGUGGCUCCAGUCGUUCAAGGGCACGUCAUAGAUCAGCACAUGAUUCUCCUGGGUUCCUGAAAAUGUAUAAGAGAAUGCACCGUAUCAAUCGCAAAGACUUGCUCAAUUCUGAGGUGAUCUGUUCUGUAAAGUCCAGGGUAUUGCAGUAUGAAAAAGAACAGCGUAAAGACCUGCUACAAGGCUGGAAAGAAUCCUCCACUGAGGAGGUGCCCAGAGACAUGGUGCCCAGUAGAAUAUCUGAAUUUGAAAAGCUAAUUCAGAAGUCAAAAUCAAUGCCAAACUUAGGUGAGGAAGCAUUAUCGACAGUAACCCUCCUUGAUCCCCUUAAAAAUUUCUGUGCAAAGAGGCGGUUUUCUAUUGAGUCCUUGCUGGAGGAGGAAAAUCAAGGUAGACACGCUACUCAGGUACCAAGGAAUUACAAAUCUAAAACUCUAGUGCCAAUUCACAUUGAAGUGACCAGUGAGGAACCGCAAAGAUCACAUCUGGAAUAUUCAGACAGUGACCAAGAUGGGGUGGUCUCUGACCUCAGUGACUUCAUACAGAUAGAAGGCUCUUCCUUUUGUAGUGAAAGUGAUUUUGACCACUUUUCCUUUACAUCGUCUGAAAGUUUUUAUGGAUCGGGCCACCACCAUCAUCACCACCACCAUCAUCACCACCAUCACAAGCACCUCAUCAAUUCCUGCAAAGGGAGAUGCCCAGCAUCAUACACCCGCUUCACCACAAUGCUAAAGCAUGAAAGGGCUAAACAGGAAACUACCCCAGAAGACCCUAGAAGACAAGACUCAGACUCUGGCCUCUCUAAGAUAGCAUUCCUAGUCAGCCCAGUGCCUUUCCGAAGGAAAAAAACCGUAACCCCCAAAAAGCAGGCUGAAAAGACUCCGUGCAAAUCAUCUGUCUUUGAUGCCCUGGACUCUGCUCUUAAAGACAUCUGUGACCAAAUCAAAGCAGAGAGAAGACGGGGAAGCUUGCCUGACAAUAGUAUAUUGCACAGACUUAUUUCUGAACUGCUUCCAGACAUUCCUGAAAGGAAUUCCUCCCUGAAAGCUCUUAGAAGGAGUUCCAUGCACCAGCCUUUUCAUCCACUGCCUCAAGAUGGUGCUAUUCGUUGCCCUUUGUACCAGAAUGAAUGUGGAAGAUUACCGCUUAGUGCCUCUUUCCAAGACAUGGAAACAACCAACAGCAGCAGCCAAGAAAAUGAUAGUGCACUAUGUUUCCAAGACCAGGAGUCUCCUGGCAACUAUUCUUCAGCUUUCAUUGAUGUGGGUCGAUGGGCUCCAAAGGAAAAAAGAGGAACUCCAGAGAGAGAGAGACUGCCAGCUAGAGCAGUAUAUGAUUUUAAGGCUCAAACCUCUAAGGAGCUGUCCUUUAAGAAAGGAGAUACUGUCUAUAUCCUCAGGAAGGUGGAUCAAAACUGGUAUGAGGGCGAGCACUACGGAAGAGUUGGAAUUUUUCCUAUUUCUUAUGUUGAGAAACUUCUCCCCCCAGAAAAAGCACAACCAGCAAGGCCACCACCCCCAGCACACGUUGCAGAAAUUGGAGAAGCCGUUGCCAAAUAUAAUUUUAAUGCAGAUACAAAUGUGGAACUGUCACUGAGAAAGGGAGACAGAGUAAUUCUCCUUAGACGGGUUGAUCAAAAUUGGUAUGAAGGCAAACUUCCGGGAAGCAACAAACAAGGGAUCUUCCCUGUGUCCUAUGUAGAAGUCAUCAAAAAGAAUCUAGCCAAGGGAGCUGAUGCUUCUCCUGUUCCCCCAAUACCCCAGAGUUACUCCAGUGACAGAAUACACCAUUUAAGUUCAACUAAGCCACAGCGCCCUGUGUUUGCUCAUGAAAACAUACACAGUGGGGGGGAACCGUUUCAGGUUCUGUAUAACUAUACUCCUAGGAACGAAGAUGAAUUGGAGCUCAGAGAGGGAGAUGUCAUUGAUGUGAUGGAAAAAUGUGAUGAUGGAUGGUUUGUGGGAACCUCCAGAAGAACAAAAUUCUUUGGUACUUUCCCUGGAAACUAUGUCAAGAGGCUGUGAAAUGUUUGGUUUUUUCCUGCUUAUUUAUGCUGCAUUUCUGCAACACAUCUGCAUAUCAAGCUGCUAGAAAACAUGCUCCACCAGCCUUCUGUUUUCCUGCUUUGCAAUUCCAAGUAGAUGUCAUCUAGUUCAUCCUCAUCAUUCCCAUCUUCAUCUGCCAGCCAGCAGUAUUACCGUAACGGCUACGAUGGGAUAACUCAACUUUUAUGAAACAAGAGGAAUUACAUCUUUUUUUGUGCAGUAAAUCUUUGCUUGCCCCUACCAAUUUGAAACAUGCCAAUAAGAAAAAAUGACAGGUACAUUGUGACACUCCAAGCAGUUACCCAUAUUAUUUUAGGGUAUUUGCAGUACUAAUGAAAAAUGUUUUAUCUUUUUUUUUUCACUUAAUAUAUAGAUCAGGUUGUGGUUUACUACUUUUUCACCAUUGUUUUUGAGUUUUCACAUUCUUUUUAAGUUGAGAAGCAUUCGUUGUUUCACUUUGCUGUGUCGCACGUUUGCCCUUUUUUAUCCAUUGGCAAAAUAAGAUAAUUGCUAAAAAAUAUAGUUUUGGUGCCCUUGUAUGUUGCGACAUAUGCAGAGUGGCUGUAAAAUUUCGAACUGGAGUGUUUCAAAAGGAGAAUUACUCUUAACAGUUGAAAAUCCAUGAUUUCCAAUUGCAUUUCAAUUUCAUAAGGCUUUCAUAAGAUUUCAUAAGGCUUGAAUGAACAGAGGUCAUACAUUGGUUAAAUCUUCCUUCCCCCCAACUAAGGGCAGCUUUGUGCAUGAAUUAUAUGUGUAAAUACAGAAAAGAUAGCUUGCAUUUCCUGCAUCUGGACACAUUAAUGUCUGAAGUAAAUAGGCAUGUAUGGGGAAAAUGGAUGCUCCUAAAUCAGUGUAGUCUCUCUACAGGGAAAAUUAAUAAGUUGUAUAUUAAUGAUGUGUACAAAUACAGGAAACAUGACUGAUUUGCACUUUCUGUAUUUGCAUGUGUUAAUGCCGUAAGUGGGGUGAGACGUAUGAAUCUCUUUGCAAAGAGAAGUGGAUGCUUCCAAUGCAAGUGCAGCAUACAUAUCUCUCUUUACAGGGAAACUCUUCAAAAUUCCCACUUCCAUCAUCAGUGAAAUGUGCAAGCUUAUCCAAAGGAAUCCAUGUUUAUUGCUUAACAUCAAGGAAGUGCAGAAAGCAAAAUAAAAAAAUACUGGAAAAUCAUGAACAGUUAAGCAAGCCAACAAUGAAACUAUUGAUGUCAUACAUUUCUCUGCGAUAUAAAAGAUAUGUUGUGAGUGCAAAAGAGUAUCUGAAAGUCUAGUGUUCAACAUUUAUCAUAUCGAGUUUCAGCAAAAAAAGGCAAUGUCAGUACGUUGUUUUUAUUGUAACAGUCACUGGGUUGGAAAAUCGACAAAGUAUCACAUAAUGUUAUUAUUUUAUCACAUACGUAUGCACAUAAAUUAAUAAACCUGAACAAUAUUUUCUUCCUAGCACUAUAGCAUUAAAAGAAAGUAACAGAAAGGCACAAAGAUGAAAACUGGUACAUGUGGGUAGAUUUUUAUCCAUGAAAUAGUAUCAAAUAUUUGAAUGUAGUAUUUGUUUUCCUUAUGCAAAGAUACACAUCUACAGCGUAUGAUGGAAGACACAUGAUUUCCCAUGUCAAUGGCUUUAUGCAGAUCAGUCCAGAUUUGGUUUUGCUGGCACCUUAUAGAAGGCAAAAACAAAACAAAGCCCUUUUCUGGGUAAAAGACAGAUCUCACAAAUGUUUGUAGUCUUUUGUACAUAUGUUGGCUUUUUUGUACAGAGCCAUUUUAUUGUUGAUUUUUUUGAAGAAGAAAAAAGCAAGUUGUUUGAUCUACAGCCUACCCCCUCCCACUAAUAAAAUAUCAUAUCCUAAUUUUAUUUACCCUCCCCUUAUGUAUAAGCACAUUUGGAUAGUGCAAUUCUGUAAAAUAGCAUCUGCUGCAAACGUUUUAUGAAGUAUAAUAUGAUUUUACCAGCCAAAUCUAAAAAAGAAAUGUACAUAUGUCUUUACUGUAGAGAAAUGUCAAUGCAACAAUUAAUCAUCUUUGUGCAGCAUACCUUUAUUACUGAAAAUUUCAUGGCAAAAGCUUUCUAUUUCAAAGGCUUUCCAUUAUAAAUUAGAUGCGCAUGCAGCUUUGCUGUGAAAUCAAUACCUAUCCUUAAUGCCAUUUAUGAUGGAAGACUUAAAUGUCUGUUGCCUGUGACAUUUUAAAAAAACACUGUUUCUACUCUAUCUGAUUUUAAUAGAACAUUUUUCAUACCUGGCUUUCAGGUAAUUGACUUCGAAUUCUUACAUGCAAAGGGUCUCUGUGUUUUUCCCUUUAAUAGACUUCUAAUAAAAUUUGCUUGGAGUAUA